UUGACAAAACAAUCAUAGCUCAGUUUUCUUCUGAAGCAUAAUUAUGUUGACCUCCGUCAUUCUGCUGCUCGGCGUUAGCGCUGCUUUUGCCUCUCCGGUUCUUCCUGGUGGACGAAUUGUCGGCGGCAGGGACGCGGACAUUGAAGAAGUUCCAUGGCAGAUAUCACUAUUGCGGAAUGGUCGUCAUACUUGUGGUGGAUCUAUCAUUUCCGAAUACUGGGUCGUUUCAGCUGCCCAUUGCGUUACUUCCGCUCCAAACCGAUUCAGCGUACGUGUUGGUAGCUCGGUGAAAAAUGCAGGUGGCAUUGUUUAUGAGGUCGAAAAAAUUAUCAGCCACCCCUCUCAUCAUACCCCUGUCACGCACAGCAAUGACAUCAGUCUGAUCAAGCUGGUGGAGCCAAUUACCUUCUCGGCUCAGGCUCAGCCGAUCCGUCUUCCCGCGCAGUCCGAAGAGGGACCAGCCCCUGGUUCCAUCUCUACUAUUUCUGGAUGGGGAACUCUCACAUAUAUGGGACCAUCGGCCACAACUCUUCAAAUCGUUGAAGUUCCGAUUACCACACAAGAAUAUUGCCGCGCCGGUUACGGUGAAGGACGAAUAACCCAGGACAUGCUGUGUGCCGGAACUGAUGAAGGUGGUAUCGACGCUUGCCAGGGUGACUCUGGUGGCCCUCUCGUCGUGGGCGAAGAACUUCACGGACUCGUUUCAUGGGGCUUCCGUUGUGCAGUGCCCAAAAGUCCCGGUGUCUACACCAAAGUUUCAUUCUUCCGUGAUUGGAUCCGAGAGAACAGCGGCGUUUAAGACGAUCACUAGUUGAGAUUAAUGUCACUCUGUCAUCUGUGUAACAUGAAAACAUUUCAUCUUCACGAGACGUGAUAUUUUUCAUGUGUAUCUAGAUUCAAUAAAUUGCAUUGUGAAUAUA